AUGACCACGAGCGAGCUUCCUUCACCAAAGAGAUAUAUCACAAUGAAUGAUAAGAACGGCACUUCCUCUUUCCCAUCUGACAUCUCUUUGAUUCCACCAUCUCGAACGUUACCCGACGGCCUUAAUAUUACCUUCUGCUACGGCAGUGAACGAUUUCCGGUUGACCUGAACAAGAACCAGGACUUGGAGUCCUAUCAGCAUCUGAUAGACAAUCCACCUGGGAUUGUGGUUCAGAAUGGUGUUGUCUUCCGUAUCAUUGAUUUCCCACCAGAUUACGUCUCAGCAAUGCAUCGUAGCAUCAGUGUCAAUUUCAAUGUGGUCAUCGAAGGUCAGCUUGAGUUAAUCUUAGAUGGCGGCGAAAGACGCACACUCAACCGUGGUGACUCUGCCAUUCAACGAGCUGUUAGCCAUUCGUGGAGAAAUCCAAGCACAGUUGCAUGGGCUCGCCUAGCUGCAGUCCCAAUUCCAGCAGAGCCUUUGCAAUUAGCUGGUGUGAAUGUCCAAGCAAGUGGUGUUGCGGGAAUGACAGCUUCAUCCUAG